AUGCAGUUUGCCAAGAAACUGAGCCUGGUGUUCAUCGCGCUCCAGCUCCCCAGAGCUUUGGCAUGGAGCUGUGUAUCCUUAGCCCAGCUCUCAUGCGAAGCUCGGGAGAUACCGGAAAAUAGUUGGGAGAAGGAAUGCAUCAACAUCGACUCUCUUGACUGGACGAACCCCACAACGCGCAACAAGACAGAGUGUUUCUGCAGUGACAAAGGCAAAGCCAUACUCAAGCGUUUCUUUGACUGUUUCUAUACGCGAGCUUCCCAGUGUCCAAAUCGCUCUGACAAUUUUGCUACAAGCUACAUGAUCUGGAUUGAGGAAAGCUGCUACCACCGGGGCAAAAGACGAUUUUACUGCAACGAUGACUGGAAACCCACACCGCCGUGGGACGACAUUGAUAAUGGGGACAUGAAGCGUCGCUACGAACUGACUGAUCCGUAUCAGUAUAGUCUCGACAGCGAGAGGACGGCACGAGGUGUUCCAUGGCACGGCUGUAACCCUGACAAUUUCAGGCUGAGACUUGGUGAGGGGUGGCCUUGA